GGAGGCAAGUGCGGCGCGGUGUCCCCGGAGUCUUCAGUACUGCCCCGAGACGUGGAGAUGCGCGAGAGGCAGGCGAGGGCGCGCAGCUCCUGAAACGCCGCGCCAGCCGGCACCAUGCGCCUGCGGCCGCUGCCCCUCCUCGUGGUCCCCGGUUUGCUGCAGCUGCUCUUCUGUGACAGUAAAGAAGUGGUGCCUGUCGCAGAGGGAUUAGACUGGGAAGACAAGGAUGCCCCAGGAACACUGGUGGGCAAUGUGGUGCACUCGCGGAUCAUCAGCCCCCUGCGCCUCUUUGUUAAGCAGUCUCCAGUGCCAAAACCUGGUCCCAUGACAUAUGCAGACAACAUGGAAAACUUUUGGGAUUGGCUGGCUAACAUCACAGAGGUUCAAGAGCCUUUGGCCAGAACUAAACGGAGGCCAAUAGUGAAAACAGGAAAAUUUAAGAAAAUGUUUGGAUGGGGUGACUUCCAUUCCAAUAUUAAAACUGUCAAACUGAACCUCCUUAUCACAGGGAAAAUUGUCGACCAUGGGAAUGGAACCUUCAGUGUUUACUUCCGACAUAACUCCACAGGCCUAGGCAAUGUCUCAGUGAGCUUGGUACCCCCGUCCAAAGUGGUGGAAUUUGAAGUUUCCCCUCAGUCCACCUUGGAGACCAAGGAAUCCAAGUCUUUCAAUUGUCGCAUUGAAUAUGAAAAAACAGAUCGGGCAAAGAAGACAGCCCUGUGCAACUUCGACCCUUCCAAGAUCUGCUACCAGGAGCAGACUCAGAGCCACGUGUCUUGGCUGUGCUCCAAGCCCUUCAAGGUCAUUUGCAUUUACAUUGCCUUCUACAGUGUUGAUUACAAACUGGUGCAGAAGGUCUGUCCUGACUACAAUUAUCAUAGUGAGACCCCAUACUUAUCUUCUGGCUGAAUCUUUGCACAGUGAUGGAAAUGACAGAGACGCAGGUGUUCAGUAGAAUGAUGACCGUGAAACUUGAUCAGUUCUGUUUCGGGCAGUGAACCAUCAUUCUCUAUCAGAUUUUCUGAGUCAAAAAAGAACAAGAAACAUCUUCAGUUGUGGAAUGUGUUUAUUUUGCUCCUAAGUACCUUUAUCUAAGGAAACAAACUGCUAAUGGAACCAUCAGUUUCAUGUCAGAUGACCAACGUCCAAAAAUCUCAUUGUCUUUCUAAAAGAAGCAUCAAGGGAGCCCAUCCAUAUGUAACAAGAAGGAAUCAAAUGAUGCAUGUGGUUCACAUUGUUCUGAAAAUGAACCAGCUUUUGAAAUAUGUUUUGGAAGGUUACCUUAAAACUUGAAGGAUAAAGUGACCCAAAAAAACCUGUUUUUGCGCAAUGAAUUGUGCUUCUGACAUUGAAUUCCUUUUUGUUGUUGUUGCUUUCCCCACAUCUGUGCCAGUGUUGAUACUAAAGAUGGAAGGGCCCGGUUUGUCUGCAGAAUCCCUGUGAGUACUGACAGUGUCACAGUGGAACUGAGUACGGUCCCAUGAGCUGGAGUUGAUAGAAUGAGAUUUCAACAUUUGAUCUCAGGUUGACCCCCCAUCCUUAGUGUGCUCAUCCGAAUAUAAA